UUUUUACACAGUUCCACAUGAAAGUCUAUAAAUAUCAUGACAUAUAUUUCAGAAGGUUAUUCAUAAACACAUUAAGAGUUAUCUGUCGAUAUGAAGUCUUCAAUUCUACUCAUAGUUAUCUGCAUUUCAAUCUCCCUGGAUAGAGGAAAAGCUGGACAUCGCUCUACUCGGAUCAGUCUAGCUGGGGGUCAUUAUUCAGAAUUGCCGCCUAUUAUCGGAAAUGAAGGAGGUCCUGAUCGAAGAUUCAUGAAUAAAAAUCUUUAUGUCAUGGGAUACAUGUUCUAUCUUAUAUCUAAAACUCGUGACGCGUUGAGACAACACUAUGGAAUUGAAUUUCGAGGGUGCUCCUAUCCACAAAGUCUGUGUUGGGUGACAUCAAAAAGAUUCUACAUGUUUAAUGAAGAUGCAGCCAAUCAUCCAGACGUGUCGAAACAACUUCCCAUGAUGUUCUAUGAUCAAACAAAUGAGGCAGUUCCAGAACUAGCAGAACUUGACUUAAGACAUUGCAAGCCAAAACCGGACCCAGAAAGAUUUGUAUUAGGAAUGCUACAAGCUCUUGAUGAACAUAUAGAAUAUCUCAAAGAUCAAUCAAAAUCAUUCACAUCAAAACAUAAACCGAAGCCUGGAAGUGAUAUUUUCAUUUAUUUCAAAGACCUCGAAACACUCGAAAAAUUGUUCCUUAUAGACUCACUGGAGGCACAAAAACCUGAGCUAAUAUGUUCCAUUACUGGAUGCGACUGUCUCUCUAGAAUAUAUCGAAAUCUGAUGAAACUAAAUUUCCAACUAAAAACUUUAUGGAAUGACGGAUUAAAGUCAAAUAUGGAAUAAAGAAUGAAGCAGUCAGUAUCGAAUUAUGAUGAUUUAACACAGUGUACAUCAUUCCAAGAACUCUUAUCCAUGAACAAAUAAAUUCUAUUUAACCAACUGAUGA